AUAAAAACUCACCCACUCCCCAUUGUCCCAUGAUUUUAAAGCAGGACAAGACCCUCCCUCUCUAACUCUGAACACAUCACAAAACCUUUGUUCCACAUCUUUCGAUCAUCCCAAUUCAUCAAUGGAGGUGACCAUGAGACCUCUUCUUGCUGUGCUGUUAGUCAUUUCCUUCUUUGCUUACAUUACAGUUGAGGUCUCAGCAACUACAAUAGCACUCUACAACAAAUGCUUACACCCAGUAUGGCCAGGAAUCCAACCCAGUGCAGGCAAACCCAUUCUAGCAAGAGGAGGGUUUAGGCUCAACCCCAAACAAGCUUACUCCCUCAGGGUACCUACAGGCUGGUCCGGCCGCAUCUGGGGUCGCCAUGAAUGCUCCUUUGAUUCCUCCGGCAAAGGCAGAUGCGCAACCGGUGACUGUGGUGGUUCCCUCUACUGCAAUGGCCUUGGUGGGACACCACCUGCAACCCUAGCAGAAAUAACACUUGGAGAACAAGAUUUCUAUGAUGUUAGCCUUGUUGAUGGCUACAACUUGGCUAUAGCCAUAAACCCAUUUAGGGGAAAGGGUAGAUGUACCCCUGCUGGUUGUGUUAGUGAUCUGAAUCGAAUGUGCCCAGUUGGGUUGCAGGUUAGGUCUCAUGACAACCAAGUUGUGGCUUGCAAGAGUGCUUGCUUUGCUUUCAACUCACCUAGGUAUUGUUGCACUGGAAGCUUUGGGAACCCACAGACCUGCAAGCCUACUGCCUAUUCUAAGAUCUUCAAGACAGCUUGUCCAAGAGCUUAUUCUUAUGCUUAUGAUGAUCCCACUAGUAUUGCUACUUGUAGUGGUGGGAACUACUUGGUCACCUUCUGUCCUCACCAUAGUUGAGUUCUCCUUCUCUUCUGCUACUCUGCCUGUAGGAGUCUUAAAACCCUUAACAACUAGUAUUAGUGUUGUAGCAUCUGCUGCUCUUUCUCCUUUUCUUUCUUUAUCUUGUAUUUACAGUUUACUACUACAGUGAUAGUAUCAAGUAUUUCAUUAUUAAUGAGUUAUUAAUUAAGAAGUUUUAUCUGUUAA